AUGGCUUCCUCUUCUUUAAAACCCCGAGAUCGGAAUCGGAAACGGUUCCGCACCGAGUACCAGCAAAUUGAUUUAAAUACCUCAACACCCGAACCAUGGUUUGCAAAGUUUCUGGUUGUCCACUCUAAUGAUGACACAAGACCACUGUCAAAGGUAUCUCCUUUUGUAAUAGCGAAAGCACUUGAACAGCUGAUAGGUAAAGAAUACAAUGCCAAGAAACUGGGCUCUGGAGAUAUCCAGGUCCAUGUUGAAAAGCGAGAGCAAAGCAGUGCGCUUCUUUCACUGACAAGCAUCAAUGGGAUAUCUGUCACAGUAAGUUCACACCGGAGUCUCAACAUUGUUAAAGGAGUAAUUUCUGAGAGCGACCUUCUUGACUGUUCGGAAUCGGAACUCCAAGAAGGCCUACAACAGCACGGUGUGGUAGCUGUAAAGCAAAUAGUCAUGCGUAGGGAUGGGAAAGAAAUCCCAACAAAGCACAUCAUCCUUUCUUUCAAGCUCCACAAGCUGCCAGACACAAUCAAAGCCGGUUACCUCAUUUGCAAUGUGAGGGCUUACAUCCCAAAUCCGAGUCGCUGUUACAAGUGCCAGCGGUUUGGCCACGGUUCUCAGGUAUGCCGUGGGCAGCCCGUCUGUGCUAAGUGCGUCGGCAAAGACCAUUCGUCAGAGUCGUGCAGCAAUGACUUUCAGUGUGCCAAUUGCAAGGGUAACCACCCUGUUUACUCCAGAUCAUGUCCUUGUUGGAAGGAGGAGAAACAGAUCAUCAAGCUGAAAACGGAGCAAAAUAUCACAUACAGUGCAGCAAAGGCACAAUUGGCGUUCCAGAAGAAAGGAACCUUCUCUGGUGUGGUGCGCAGGGGAGUGGCACCACUCAGAGUGCGACGCAGUCAAGAGGCCCCUUCAGCACCCAUACUCCGGCCCGUACGCUGUCGUGCGAAGAUCUCCUACGCAUUACACCAUCCUGGUAAAGAACCGAGAGGAGACUGUCGCCCUGCAGCGAUUGAAGCCCGCCUUCCUCGACGUUCCUGCGACGUCCCCCAGCGCCGUUAA